AUUCCUCUCCUUCUGUGAGAAAAAAAACACUCUGAUUUCUUGAAUCUUAAGGAGAACAAGAAGAAAGGAACUGCAGAUUUUUGUUUUGGGUGAAUUCAAUUCGGGUUGAGAUGGGUAAGACUAAGAGGAAGAAUUCUAGGGUUUCUCGUGAAGGAGAUGAAGACGUAGAAGUAGAAGUCGAGCAGGAGGAGCAGCAUCAAGAGGACAACAAUCAGCCUCCCUCAAACUCAAACGAGAAGAGCUUAUACGAGUGUCGCGAAGGAAUUUUGAAUCAAAAUGGUUUUAUCAAUCAAGAUGUCGUUUAAGUUAGAGUAAUAUGGUAAGGUUUCUGGGUCGGCUUUGUAUGCGGAAAUUAUUUGAUUUCUUUGCUUAAAGUUUGUUGCUUUCGAUUUUAGCUUUAUUUGCCAGUUUGUGGCUGAUUUCUUUGUAAAAUGACUAAAUGUGGCCAAAAUUCUUAGUACUUUUCGUUGUGCUUGGUAAUGUUAGAAAUCAUGGAGAGGGAAUCUGUAGCAUUUUUUUGAAACAUGUAGAUUUGAGUCAUUUGAUAGAUCUUUUUUCCUCUGUAUAUUGCCCAUUUAAUGACAAGACUAGGGAGUUUAGUUUUCUGGGCUGUGGUAUUAUUUAUCUCGAUUUGCAGGGUACCCGGGAAGGAGAAUCAGGAAAAUGUCUAAUAUUCCAUUUGCUGAAUUAAAUCCUCCUUAGUAGAGGAUCCAGCCAAAGAAAAAAGCAGAUAACUCCCAAAAAUGAAUCCUCAGAAGUGUUGUUUAUAAUCUAUUCCUAGUUCUAUGUGUUCUGGUUAUCUAUAGGGAGAUUGGACCUGCCUUUGGGGAAGAGGCUGCUUUUCCCUUUAUUGGGAUUUUUUUUUUUUUUGUUUAUUUCUAUUGUUAUCCUCUCGAAGAUUCCAACACCUGUUUUCUUGUUUUGUUGUUGUUUUUGAUAGACAAUCUAAUUGGAAUUGGAGAAACUAUGCCAAAUAACCAUCACAUGUCUGU